AUGAAUUCGUUAACAAAACAGUACGUUAUCGGAAUAGCGGGGGCAUCGAAUUCUGGAAAAACAACAAUGACUGGAAAACUUACUGAAUAUCUACAAUCUAUUGGCUACAAUGUUACAUGUUUACAAAUGGAUGAUUAUUACUGGCCUCAUAACGAUAAACGUCAUAUACGAGACCCUAUUACAAAUGAACCAAAUUUCGACUGUGAAUCAGCAAUUAACUGGGAAGGCAUAAUUACUUUUAUUAAAUUAUGGUCUGAAGCAAAGGUGUUGGAAGAAAAAAUUAGAAUACUUUUAAUUGAAGGAAUACUGAUAAUGAAUAAAAUAGAACUUCGGAAUAUGAUGGAUUUGCGAAUAUUUCUGAAGAUAACUUACGAGAAUAUGUUGCAGAGACGAAAGCUAAGAAAAUACAAUACACCGGACCCACCAAAUUAUUUUGCUAAAUAUGUUUGGCCAACAUAUCUAAGAACGCUAGACAUCUUGAAGUAUUCAAAAGACUCUAUAUAUUAUUUUGAUAGCAAUAAUGGAAUUGAGACCCUAUUUAAAGAGAUUUGUCAAUUUGUCAAUGAAAAAAUAGAUCUAGAGAACGAAAGAGACAAAAAUUUCGAUGAAUUCCCAGAAUAA